GGCAAUCGCGCAUACCUGGACCACCAUCAUCCAUCCGGUUUAGGCUUUGCCUCUGCAUGCAUGGGAGAAAAAAAGAAGGAAACAAAUCUUUGCUUCAUUGACUGACACUUUUAGUGGUUGUGAGCUCGGUAUAUAAAAUCAGCAGACGCUUGUUGGCGAUCACAGAGGGAGUUGGCCUGAGAACGUGAGACAUCACACCGGCAGACGACAGCAUGUUUACUCAAAGACAGGCGCAUGCGGAUAAAGCCCUCCUCUCAGCAAUGGCAGCGCUGCUUCUCCUGACCACAACAGGACAGUCUGCAAUGUCGACUAACAGCCUCCCCACCGCAGCAACUCCUGCUUUGUCGGCCCCGUCGCUGACCACACAGCUCGGCAACGGCAGUAUGGAGGAGCCUCAGGUUCUGCCCUCACACAGAUCGUGCAGGAGUGAACACGAACAUUUCUGCGACAACGGGGGCGAGUGCAUGUACCCCCAGGACAGCGACGAACCCGCUUGCAUCUGCAAGUCCUCCUACAGCGGCCGUCGGUGCCUGUUCCUGAACGACCGCGCUUACACUCUGCCCGAGUUGGAGCAACUCAUCGGCAUCACCUUCGGGGUGGCCGUGCUCAUCAUCGUCCUGGCCUUCAUCAGUUACUGCCUCGCCUACAGGAGGUGUAUAAAAUCGGCGCCGUUUAAAAAGUUAGCACUGUCCGAGUCGUCGGUGUGACCACCCCCACCAUCUGUUCGUCAUCAUCUCCAUCACCAUUUUAAAUCAUAAAGUACUGUACAAUUCACAGCAUUUGGAAAUUAAUGACAAAGCACUUAAGACACAGACCGGACUUUCUUUUUCUUUUUUUGGACUUUUUAAUAUGCGUUAAAAUGACCACCAUUCAGUUUGACGUCAUUCGAACGAGCAAGGAACGACUCAACUUCUUGCAACAGAUAAGAACGACUUCAUUGUCCUUUGAAGAAUGAGGGAGAACAAAUAUGACUAUUUAUUGUAUUAUAGCAAUUAACUUAUUGAACAUGUUUUUAAAAUGUUGUAAUAAAUCUAUAACAUUGUA